AUGUCCAGAGAGAAGCCUGAGGCCUCACAGGAGGAUAGUAAUAUCCCCGAUCUCUCAGUAAAUGCCAUCGCCAUCCAGAUCCAGCCAGAUGACUCCAAACCAGAGACUGUCACCACGUUCUCACCUAAACCCCAGCUUAAAAAGGGCAACACACCUAAGACCUCAGCAAAAAGGGGAGCCACUCCCAAGCCCUCAGUAACUGUCAUCCAGUCUAAGCAUGGUAGUAUCUCCAAGUCCUUGGCAAAAACUAUCCAGCCCCAGCAAGAUUCCAUCCCUCAGUCCUCAGAGGAAAACAGGCUGUCCAAAGACAGUGGUAUUCCCGAGUCCCCUGAAGAAGCUCUCCAGUCCCAUGUGGGUGCUGUCCUCAAAUCUCCAGCACAGACCAUUCUGCCCAAACGGGAGACCAUCCCUCAGGCUUUAGAGGAAAACAGGCUGUCCAAAGACAGUGGUAUUCCCGAGUCCCCCGAAGAAGCUGUCCAGUCUCACGUGGGUGCUGUCCUCAAAUCUCCAGCACAGACCAUUCUGCCCAAACGGGAGACCAUCCCUCAGGCUUUAGAGAAAAACAGGCAGUCCAAAGACAGUGGUAUUCCCAAGUCCCCCGAAGAAGCUGUCCAGUCCCAUGUGGGUGCUGUCCUCAAAUCUCCAGCACAGACCAUUCUGCCCAAACGGGAGACCAUCCCUCAGGCUUUAGAGAAAAACAGGCUGUCCAAAGACAGUGGUAUUUCCGAGUCCCCUGAAGAAGCUGUCCAGUCCUAUGUGGGUGCUGUCCUCGAGUCUGCAACACAGACCAUUCAACCAAGACGACCUAGACAAGAGACCACCCCCAAGUUCUCAGAGGAAACCAGGCAGUCCAAUGACGGCAGCCUCCCCAAGUCCUCUGCACAUGUGCAGCGUAAGCAAGGAAAUGUCCUCAAGUCCUCAGCAAAAACUCUCUAUCCCAAGCCUGGGACCAUCCCCAAGACCUCAGAGGAAAGCAGCCAAUCCAAUGAGGGUGGCAUUCCCAAAUCCCCAACACAGAGCAUUCACCUCGAACACAGGACCCUUCUCAAGUCCUCAGAGGAAACUGGCCAACGUGAUGAUGAUGACAUCCCCAAGUCUUCCGCACACAUCCAGUUCAAGCCAGGAGACAUCUUCAAGUCCAUGGCAAAAACGAUGCACCCCAAGCAGGAGACCCCAUUCAAGUCCUUAGAGGAAAUUGACCCUGCCAAUAAGGAGGAUAUCCUCAAAUCUUCAGCAUACCUCCAACUUAAGUCAGUGGUAAAAUCUAUCCAGUCCACACCAGGGGUCCUCCUCAAGACCUUAGAGGAAACUCUUAACUUCAAUGAGGAUAACACCCCCAAGUCCCCUGCAUACACCUUCAAGCACAAGUCUUUGGGGAAAGCUAUUCUCCCUACGCUUGGGAUGAUCCCCACAUCCUCAGAGGAAACUAAUCAGUUCAAUGAAGAUGGCAUCCACAAGUCCUCAGAAGACCCCGGCUUGUCCAAGGCAGACAAUGUGCCCAGGCUCUUAGACCAACCCACCCAGCCUAAGGAGGGCAGCACCAAGUUCUCAGAGGAACCCUUGCAGCCCAUGAGAAGCACCCUUGAUAAGUUCCAAGAAGAAAUGAAGGCGGAAUACCCAAAGGAUGACCUGGUGAGCAUGAUUGUGAGCCAGGAAGCAUUCAAGGACAUGCUCAAGGAGGCAAAGCACAGGCUGGUGGUUGUGGACUUCUCCGCCUCAUGGUGUAGCUCUUGCAGGGUUAUCAGGCCGUUCUACCACUUCUUGUCCUUGAAGUAUGAGGAUGUGAUGUUCCUGGAAGUAGAUGCUGAUGACUGUGAGGAGGUGGUGAAGGACUGCUCAGUCUUUUGUCUUCCAACCUUUCAGUUUUAUAGAAAAGAAAAAAAAGUGUUUGAGUUUCAUGGAGCCUUUAAGGAAAAACUUGAAGCAACCAUUGUAGAAUUAAAGUAA